AUGACACCAACGCUAUUUGAUGUAUAUGAGAUAUUAGGACUGGCUGUGGAUAACGACCUAGUUACAUGUCGUCUUAUCAGUGACCUACGACAAUAUAUAGAAGACAAUUUGGGUAUAGUCCCUGAUGACAACCUGACAAACUUGAGGCAUACAUGGUUGAAGGUGAAUUUUAGGGAAUUGCCACCUGAUGCACCUCCUGUUCAAGUUUAUAGAUAUACUCGAGCACAUCUGCUCUUCCUCAUUAGUGUCACCAUAUUCGUUGAUGCAUCAGUUUUAACAGUGCCAACAAGGUACUUGCAGUUUUUUGAAGAUAUUGAAAGAGCCAUCACAUAUGUUUGGGUUGCUGCAGCCCUUGCAUUCCUCUAUCGCUCAUUUGGGAAAGCUUGCACUUUCAAGCGAAGACAUUUUAGUGGUUCAGCCACUCUCAUGCAGGUUACUGCAGUUCAGACAUCUAAAGUCAUGUUAGCAGAGGCACUUACACUUAGACAUAAGUGGUAUCCUGAAGUUUAUAAUCACAUUAACAACACGUUUGAAACAUUAUCUAAGUUUGUGCCUGUGGAUAUGGGUGACGUAUAA